CUGCCUUCCUGUCGGGACUGAACAGUGGUAAGUGAAAAGAGUCAGUCAGCGGAGUUAGACCUGUGCAGAGAACCAGACCUGUUUCCACACGGAAGGAGAGACUGUCUAGGACAGUAACACUGCCUGAGGAAGCUGCUGUGCAGAGAGCUGUUCUAGCAGGUGAUCGCCCUUAUUUGGUAAUGGCCCAGUCAUGUGACCACAAAAUGGUGGAAGCUGUGAGCUGUCCGUAAGCUGAGCAUCUCCAUCGAGAGGCUGGGAAAAAAAGGAAAUAGGCAGGGAACUUGGAAGUACAUCCAUGCACUGAACCACGCAAAAGGACAGAGAUUCCCGAGCCCCAGCAGUGCCAGCAGACAGGAAGCGAGAGUGAGGGAGGAGCUGCUGUCAUCAGCACUGUGAUCCUGUGCUGUGCUGUUGAAGUGGAUCUGAAGCAGCUCAGCAUCCUCCAUGGAGGAUGCACAUAACAGCUGAGGUCCUCGUGGGGAUGGACCUGGCAUCAGAGAGUAAAAUGAACUCUGAAGGGGGCGAAGGCAGACCCGUCCCGCCUACCUCUCUUCCCCUGCAAGGAGGUCCCAGCCAAAGAAAAAAGCUCUCUGCCCCUCGAAUCAGCCUGUCACUGGACCAGAGCGAGGAUGACUUGGGGGAGACGCCAGAUGAUCUUGACAUUAAUGUUGAUGACCUGGACACUCCUGAUGAGGGGGAUUACCUUGACUACAUGGACCAUGAAAUGGACUGGGAAGACCCCAAUGCAGCCAAUAGGAGCAGGACAAGUGAGCCUUACAAUCCAAUCCCGACAUACAGCGCUGAGGAGGAGCGCCAGGACGGCAAACUAUGGAGGACGGUCGUCAUUGGGGAGCAGGAGCACCGCAUCAACAUGAAGGUCAUCGAGCCUUACAUGAGAGUCAUCUCCCACGGAGGCUACUAUAGCAACGGAGGGAAUGCCAUCAUAGUGUUUGCUGCCUGUUUCCUGCCAGACAGUGACAGAGAGGACUACCAUGAAAUAAUGGAGAACCUCUUCCUCUAUGUGAUCAGUACACUGGAGCUGAUGGUUGCAGAGGACUACAUGAUCGUGUACCUGAAUGGAGCCACACCCCACAGAAGAAUGCCUGGCCUUGGUUGGCUAAAGAAAUGCUAUCAGAUGAUUGACAGAAGGCUCAGGAAGAAUUUGAAAUCCUUCAUUAUUCUCCAUCCGUCAUGGUUUAUCAGGACUGUUCUAGCCAUUACCAAGCCCUUCAUCAGCACCAAGUUCAGCAGUAAGAUUAAGUACGUGAACAGUUUGGACGAACUGCACAAAUCCAUCCCCAUGGACUGCAUCCAGAUCCCAGAGUGCAUCAUUAGACUUGACAAGGAACUGAAGGAGGCAGCAGAUAACUCAAAACGGAAUAGUUUUUUGCUGGGACUGGAUCCAACAACAGCAGCAGGCAGAACAGAACCAGACGCAGCCGGUGCCACCAGCUCUUAAACACCAACAUCCUAAAUGGAUAGGUUAUCUCAAUGUUCUGAAGUCACUGUUGUAUUGUACGGGUGAAGCUGGAAAAAGUCAAAGGCUUGUUAAGCUAGUGUGUGUGUGUGUGUCAGUGUUUGUUAAUUAGACACUGGAGUUUAAUAUGAAAACAAAACUUGCAAUAGCUCCUGUUAAAACUAAAGAGUUGGAUCUCUUUCUUUAUGGCUGCUGUAGCAUCUACUGUACCUCAACACUGGCAAUCCAGAGAACUAUAUAGUCGAGCGUGACGCUUGGCAGCACCUACAAAGUAGCAUCGUUGUUCACGGUAGGGAGUAGGAAAUGCAAUUACAAACCAGACUACACUGCACAAAUCGAUUUGUAGAGUCUAUCAUGUUGUAGUUGUGUGCAUGAGGAGCAGUGAAGCAAUAAUAUCACCCUUUACUGGUCACACUGUCAGUAUUUCAGAUAAAGAGGCGACAUGUGUGUCAGCAAUGUACAAUAAAAGCACAUUGUGUGCACAAAAAAACCUUGUGCCAUAGAUGACCAAUUACUGCAUUUAAGCAAUCCACUCCUUAAUUCUCCUUUUAAAACUGGGGGAAACAAAUCUACAAAAAAUACAAUUACAACUUCAUAGAGUCUAUCUGAAACCGAAGAGGAAUAAGUUAAAUAUGAAACCAAGUUAUCAGUGGAGUGUCGGAGCAUAUCCUUUCAGCUCUGCAAGCGUGUGUGUGUUUUCAAUCACUUUCUACGAUAUAUAGACUGGGAAUCAUCUCUUCAGCUUCUCUUGGAUCUUUAAGAAUAAACCUCAGUAAAUUAAAGAUGGGAUUUCUGUAAAGCACAAUAUCUUGUGUGUCCACACGCAUGUAUGUGUGUGUUUGUGCAUCAGUGCAUGUCCCCUCAUAGAUAACGGAUUGUCCUCUUACCCGUGAGUCUUAAGUGCUGUAUUGAGGAUGUGCAAAGAAGUUAUGGAUCACUGUCUAGUAAUUCAAAUAAAUGGACUGAAAUCUAAA